CUAAAACCCUCCUAUUUUCUUCUUCAGCCUCUUCCACAUUUUUCCCCUAAAUUUCCAUCUUCAAAUCAAAUGGAUUCAAUCAAACUCUCUUCAGCCCCAACCAAAAGCAGACUAGCAAAAACAUUCCAGAAAGUAAUCAACCUCAAAAAAGCCACAAAACCCCUCUCAAACAAUGGAUUUUGCUUGCAAAUUCCUCAAGAAAAACUCAAACUUUGUGGUCCAAAUCAACAUUUCAACAAAGAAGACACUGAUGAAGUCAAGUCAAAGAACAAAGCUGCCAUGGAAGCCUUCGUUUCCAAGCUCUUUGCCUCUGUUUCUGCAGUUAAAGCAGCUUAUGCUGAGCUUCAAAUGGCUCAGUUUCCGUACAAUGUGGAUUCUGUACAGUCCUCAGACAAAGCAGUAGUUGAUGAACUUAAAGCACUUUCAGAGCUAAAGAACAGUUUCUUGAAGAAACAGAUCGAUUCUUCACCACCCUAUUUGACAAUUUUACUCGCAGAAAUCCAAGAACAACAGAGUCUCAUGAAGACAUACGAGAUCACCAUGAAGAAAUUGCAGUCUGAGGUUGAAAAAAGAGAGUCUGAAAUUACUUCACUAAAGGUAGAACUGAAUGAGACCAGUCUGAACAACAAGUCCCUCGAAAAGAAACUCAAUGCAAGUGGUUGUUUCUCUGUUCUUGAUAAUGUUAAGCUCUCCGAUUCAAAUCCAAAAGAUUUUACGAUGGUUUUGAAUUAUGGGUUGAGAUCUAUAAGGAACUUUGCAAAGCUUUUGAUCAGAGAAAUGGUGUCUGCGAACUGGGAUAUCGAAGCUGCUUCAAAUGCCAUAGAGCCUGGAGUUAUAUUCAAGAACACAAAUCACAGAGGUUUCGCUUUUGAAUCAUUUGUGUGCAAAGAAAUGUUUGAUGGGUUCAACAAACCCAAUUUCUCUGUCCUAAACGAGGCUUUAACAGAUGAUAAUUUGAGUCGAUUUUUCUUCUUUGAUCAGUUCAAGAUGUUAAAAUCAGUGGGUACAAUUCAUUUUCUCAAGAAAAAUACAAAUUCUUUGUUUGGGAAGUUCUUGAAGACCAAGUAUCUCCUUUUGGUUCACCCGAAAAUGGAGACUUCAUUUUCCGGGAAUCUGAAUCAGCGAAAGAAAAUUAAUUCUGGGGAGUAUCCAGAAACGGAGUUUUUCAAAGCAUUUGCUGAAAUGGCGAGAAGGGUUUGGCUUUUACACUGUUUGGCGUUCUCUUUUGAUCAAGAAGUCAGCAUUUUUCAAGCGAAAAAGAGAUCAACAUUUUCUGAAGUAUAUAUGGACAGUGUGGACAACGAUGUUUUUCCGGUGGCUGACAGCGAUUUUGUGGUGGGGUUCACGGUGGUUCCGGGCUUCAAGAUUGGCAAAACGGUGAUACAAAGUCAGGUCUAUUUAUCUCCGGCGGUUGCCCCGUCGACGUGAUACUGUUUUUUAAGUGAUGGGUAAUCCCCACGCGCUUAGGCACGCGCCACCGGUGAAAGGGUGGAGCCAAACUGGGAAAAUUGGAAUGAAGGGUAAUGAGUUAGGUAAUGAGUUAACUAUCUAUUUACUCCAAUUAUACUAUUUGUGUAAAUCAAGUCCUCCUAUUACGCGCUAUAUCAAUUUAGUCCUUAAAUAUAGUCAUUAUGUUUAAAUUCGUAGUUAAGAUUAACAGAAGUGCACAUCAGGUGAUUUUUAAACUAUUAUCCAAUCCUCGACUCGUGUGAUACGUGCCUGAUGAUUUCUGUUAAAAUUAACUCCGAAUUUAAGUAGAAAAAUCACAUCAACACAAAUGGUAUAUUUUAGGUGCUAAAUUGACAUAAAAUAUAUUUUAUGUACUUCAUUGACACAAAAAGUAUAAUUUGCAGGCCAAAUAGAUAAUUAACUCGGGGGUAAUUUAAGCUUUGACCUAAAAAGGUGUAGGUGGCUGGUGCAAAGGUGGCAGGCGCGGCGGCGCGUGGGUGUAUUCUACCAUUGUGCAUGUUAUCUAGUUGUUAUGUUAUACAUAGUACAAGAACAGGAGUUUACAUAAGUGGCAUUUGGACCCACACGUGAAACUGGGAAAGUGGUUCAGGGAGGAUAUGAACUGGAUUUUGGAGUUUAGUUGGAGAUAGAGAGAGAGAGAGGACAGGGAGGGAGAGGCGGUGCUAAAGGCCACAUAUGGGGGUUCAGGUUGUGGGGCCCAAGAGUCGUCUGUCUUUAUUCCAUAGUUAGAUGUAUUGGAAUGGUAUUAAUUUCGGUUUCAGAC